AUGGAAACUAAUAAACAGGCAAGAAUCUGUGGAGGAAUUAUUUUAUCAUUGGCUAUGAUGUAUUAUGGCUAUCAAGUUUAUGAUUAUUCAAUUAGCUGAUAUGAAAUGGAAAAACUUAAAAAUGCUACAGUAUGCUUCGAAGUUGACAUUUUAGAGUCAUGACUGAUUUCACAUAACAUUAUAUGACUUCUUGCCCUUAGCUUGCUACUACUGAUCUUGAUAAUUCCAGAAAUCCAAGCGUUGUUUUUAUGCUUUCUAUAUAUAUUAGGCCCUUUAUAUUUAUCCUGGAGCUUAGUCGCAACUGUAUAUUAUGGCCUUUUUAUGGCAUGCUGCCGAGAAAUCCGAGACCGAUGUGUUAAUUUUUAUCCGUUUCAGGACCCUCCAGGAUUUAUUGCCCUAAUAACAGUUUCUAUUAUUUUUUCUUCUUUAUUGACCAUAUAUCUUUUAUCAAUCCUCCUUGAAAACCUUUUAAGUUAUUUUAGAGAAAGAUUCCAGCAAUACAGUCAUUUAUUAUAA